AUGGCGGAUGAGACGCAGCCUCUACUACGGAGCGAAAUUUCGACGCAAGAUUCGAAAGACUUCAAUUCGAAAGACAUCGUCGAAUUUGAUCCCAAUGGCGACCCAGAUAACCCUCUCGACUGGCCUGCGGCGUACCGAUGGAGUAUUGUGGCAUUGCUUGCCGUAACAGCCUUCUGCGUGACCUUCACCUGCAUCUCACUUGUGCCGGUGGCCAACCAAAUCAUCAGAGACCUCAAUGGAGGACACCCUGACAAGUCCGCGAGCGUCAUGCUGGUGACAAUAUGGGAGCUCGGGGAAGCGGCUGGACCGUUGUUCAUCGCUCCAUUGUCUGAAGUGUUUGGCCGGUACCCGGUCAUGAACGCAGCCAACAUUCUAUUAGUCAGCGCAACACUUCUCGCCUCGUUCGCGACUUCGCCUGAGUCGAUGGUCUUUGCGAGAUUCCUUUCCGGACUGGCCGUGGCUUCCAACGUUCUCAGUCCAGCUAUCGUUGGCGAUAUGUUUGUAUCGGAGCAGCGCGGGACGGCGAUGAGCUUGAUCAUGUUCGCUCCGCUUCUCGGAGGUGCGAUCGGGCCUGCCAUUAGUGGCGCAAUCGCUCAGAGCAUCGGCUGGCGGACUGUUCUUUGGAUGAGUGCUGGGCUAGCCGGAGUCUGCGAGGUAGUGUUCCUGACAUGCUUCAGAGAGACGUUCAAGGUACGAUACUGAAGGGCAGAAGCCAUCCCCAAAGCCUGUCUUAUGUCUGAGCCAUGGACAGGCUUCAGCCUCUUGUCUUCCUUCGCUAUUUCUGGACACCAGCUGACCAUCCACCCUUCUACAUGAUAGGUCCCCAUUCUAAACCGCAGAGCCGCGAGAUUGCGGAAAGAAACCGGCAACCAGAACCUGAAGACCAUCUUCGAGAUUGAGGGAGCAGAGAAGAAAAGCGGGCAGAUUUGGGAGUCCGUAAUGCGUCCUGUCGUUGUGCUCGCCGGAUCUGGAGUCCUGCAAAUCAUGAGUCUCUUUGGCUCCGUGGCCUUCUCGUAUUUCUACGUUAUGUCUACUUCGCUGCCGGACAUUCUGCAAGACAUCUACGGACUCAAUCCAGCGGAGACGGGGUUUGCCUUCAUCAGCUUCAGUAAGCUCAGUCCUUCAUGCCGUUCCUGAGUAGUUUCUGACAGCAUGCAGGCGUUGGCUCCGUCGUCGUUGUGAUCCUAUGCAAUCUCUUCCUCGACAAGAUCUACAUUCGCCUGCGGGACACUUCCAGAGACGGUCUCGGCCAACCCGAAUUCCGUCUUCCAUUCUGCAUCUUCGGUGGAUUCCUCCUUUCCAUUCUCGUAGCGCUUUACGGCUGGACAGCAGAACUCAAGCUUCCCCUGGUCAUCAAUCUGCUCUCUGUCGCAGGACUGGGAGGCGGCUUGACGCUGGCCUCCCUCCCGCUCAUGGCAUACGUCGUGGAUGCGUUUGGACUAUAUUCUGCAUCCGCUUUGACCGCAGUGAUAGUGACGAGAUGUCUGAUGGGAACAUUCUUGCCUCUGGCGACCGAUCCACUCGUGAGGGUCCUGGGACAUGGCAAGGCUUACUCGCUUCUGGGGGCCGUCAGCUUAUGUUUGGCGCCGAUACCGCUGUUAGUGAUGAGGUAUGGGCGUAAGUGGAGACAGAGGAGCAAGUAUACAAGAGGGGAGUGA